CAUUUGCAUCGAUUUAUUGCGCGCACGGAACUUUGUGCGGAUGUCUGCGCAGACAGAUCGUUGCAUGUGUUUGUGCCACAAAAUAUCUUUAGAUAUGAAAGAUAUUCUUAGGCGUUGUAGCAUCGUGAAGGAUGCGGAGGGAGGCAAAGAGAAAAAGAGGGUGGAACAUGAAUGGAAUUAUAUAGAAAAAGCUUUGCAAGAUGAUGAACUGCUUCUACCAGUUUUGUUUUGCACAAGGUGUAUCCAGUGUUUUAGUUAGUUCGGAGUAUUCAAUUGCGAGAGACCGCUUAAAACUUUUACAAAAUAUAUCGUAGUGUGUGACAGAAUUUGAAAUCAUUAACAAGCUUUAAGCAUUUUAAUAUGGUAUUUGAAAAACACAGCUGUUUGUGAUGUACUCCAGCACAUACGUUGGUGAACAAUGUUCCAGCCUGUACGUACAAAUUUUCAGUCCUGCUGCAUAAUAGGACAAUGUUGCAAUAAAGGUGGAACAGUAGAGCUAAUGAGGUAUUUACCUCUUAGCACUGUGGUUGCUGUGAAAAGAAUCAAUUUAGACAAUUAUGAUACAAAUGGCUUUGCAGAAGAAUUAGAGCUUUUGCAGACUGAACUCUGCGUUUCACGACAGCUGUCACAUCCUAACGUGCUGUAUUAUCACCUAGCGUUUGUGUCGGGCACUGAAUUGUUAAUGGUAUCACCAUUGAUGGCCUUUGGUUCAUGCCAAGAUUUAAUACAGAAUCAUUUUGUUGGUGGUUUACCCGAACUCGCAAUUGCUUUAAUCCUCAGAGAUGUUCUUCUUGGUCUCGAAUACAUUCACAAAAAAGGAUUUAUUCACAGGGCCAUCAGAGCAAGUCACAUAUUAGUUUCAUCUAGUGGAAGGGCCUGUUUAUCAGGGCUCAGGUAUUCUUACAACAUCGUGAGGGAUGGAAGAAGAGUGAAUACCGUGCAUUCAUUUCCAAACAGUACGCAGAAAAAUUUGAACUGGCUGAGCCCAGAAGUACUGGAACAGAACCUCAAAGGUUACAAUGAAAGUUCAGAUAUUUACAGUAUUGGCAUAACACUCUGUGAGUUGGCUAAUGGUGUGGAACCCUUCUCUGGUAUGCCCACAACAUUGAUGUUAAUGGAAAAAGUUCGUGGCUCUGUUCCACAGCUUUUGGAUAUCUCCACAGUUUCGUUUUUUAAGGAAUAUGGGUUUUCUCCUCAGCCUUGUGGUUUGUUGUGCGAGGAUGAAGUAACAGAAGAAGAAGAAGAUGAAAUUAGAGUUUCAGUAGAACAUAUUGGAUACGGUGACACAGUGGCAAGUGCCCGUUACGAACAGAGACGUGCAAUGCUGGAACGUACACUUUCUGAGGCAUUCCAUGACUUGACACAGUUGUGCCUGUUGCGAGAACCAUCCGCACGUCCAACGGCUGCUCAGUUGUUACAGCAUCAAUUUUUCAAGCAGUGUCGGCGGGCUUCCCAGCACUUACCUGAUCUUCUGCGGCCUGUGCUGCCUCUCACUGACAAUAGGACAGCAAGCUAUGGUGAUCCAGAAUUGCUGUUUGUUUCUGAAUCACUAUCAGAUUUAGAGAUAGCACCUUUAAAAUGGAAUUUUUAAGUGUGUGUGACAUGCUUUGGGAGCUGGUGUGGUUGAGUGUAAAACACUAUGAAAGUCUGACAGACACAUUGCUGUUUUGCAAAGGAACAGUGGCCACUCCGGGUGCCAAGUAGUGCCAUUGUUUCAACAACACUAACUUAUUUGUUGAUGUGGUGUAUGUUAAUGUUUCUAACAUAUUAUACUCUCUUCUGUGAAGGGAUUAUUUGCCAGUUUGUUGUAAAUGUUUAUGUGAUUACAAAUACAGAAUUAAUAUUAAUUUAAAGUAAUUCCUGUUGUUUGUGAAGACUGAAGGUUUCACAUGCAGUGUCAGCACAUGGCUGUCUGUUGCUUUGUUUUAGCCUCUGAUACCAAAGUUUUAUUAAUUGUAAUGGAGGUAUAUCUUAUUGCUAUUUUUGUAAAUCACUGUAAUUGAAACCUUUUAUCUAAACAGCAAGUCACUACAUAAAGAGCCAGUACAAAUGUUCUAAAUAAAAUAUUUUAAAUGAAACAGUGUAUAUAAAUGGGUUAUGAUCCACAGCAAAUAAAAGGUUUGUAAUGUUGAAGAUCUCAUAUUUCACAGAAUAUGCAAAUUUUAACGGCAGGGAACAAAACCCAUUGUAUUGGUAUUCUAAAAAGUGAUUCAUGUAAAUGCAUGUAAUCAGAUGUGCAGAAACUUUUGUGAUAGAUAUGUGGAUGGCUGUGUGGGGUGGUGUUAUUCAGUAUCUGUGGGUUGUACAAAAUUCUUUUAAUUAGUAGCUUUAAAAUAAUUUAAGCUGUGUACUCAUUAUUGUGAAAGAGAUUUAUCCUUAUACGUAGAUUCUAUAUUCUUAUUGAUAUUAUUUCAGCUGUUCACUUUCAGAAUUUAAAGGUGCUAAGUUUCUUAAAUUUGUGAAUGGAGGAAAAUCAGAGUAUGAAUUUGUACACUUGUUUUUGAACAAGCUUAAUACUUCCUAUCAAUGAAAAAGGGUAGAAUAAAAAUUGUUCCACUUGAAAGUAUGGUGUGUGUGUGUGUGUGUGUGUGUGUGUGUGUGUGUGUGUGUGUGUGUGUGUGUGUGUGUGUGUGUGUGCAUGCAAGAGAGAUUAAUACAUUUAAUUGUUGCUUGUAAAAAGCAUUUAUUCAGUGCAAGUUCUGUGUUCAAGGAUUUAUUAGAGAGAGAGAGAGAGAGAGAGAGAGAGAGAGAGAGAGAGAGAGACGCAUUGUGUGUCUUUAAUAAAAUUCUUAUUGUAUGUCCCAUGUAUAAUAUCAAUUUUUCUGCCCAUCUGAUUAAAUUACAAAGACGUGAGUAAUCAAGACUAAGGAACAGAAUCUGUGUAUAUUUGCCUUUGCUUUAAUCUGCCAGUACUGAACUGCAAAAUAAGUGGCACAAAUUUAUCUACAAUAGUAAUGACAUAUGACCUGCUUUUAAACAGGCAUAUCUCAGUAUUAAAACUUCAUAUCUGAUGUAACACAUCUUGAAGUGUGUUGCCUCACAAAUUUGUACUGAUGCCAUCACAUAUUUUACUAAUUAAUAAUUUGUGGGCAUCAAUGAUAAAAAUUGGAUUGUUUCACAUUUUGAGGCUGCUGCUUUUAAUAGGUAUGAGAACUAUGUGAUGGAUUCUGUUACAAGCAGCAUAAAAUAGUAACAUGAACUGACCAAUUUUACAAAUGCCUUUAUUAAAAUAUCACCCUUUCCUAUGAUGCUAGUUUCUUUGUUCAAAGUUUCGCAGAUAGUGAAAAAAAUUGCAUAUAUUUUUAUGUAUUUAUAAAUAUCCUUCAUUUUUCACUAUUGCAAGACAUGGUAUAAUUUUUUGUAAGCUACUGUGAUCAUCAAAAGAGUUCUCCUAGGUGCAAACAUUGUACAUUUGUGCAAUCAUUAAAAAACUAAUGUGAAAGAUGAAUAAAGCACAGUGAAGGCAGGGAUUUAAUUUUUGCUAUUCACUUAUUCACA